CAAUGUAUGUAGUGUAGUGAAGCUUAUGGAAUAGCAUCACUUCCUGUUAGCUUGCCUGCAAUACAACUGUAAAUAUUAGCAUUAAAAGGUCGUUAUUAUGUCUGUAGGAGACCUUAAUAUGCUAUGACUAGAAUAUGGACUUUAACAGCACUGUUCUGGUGACUGGAGGCUCUGGAUUCAUCGGCUCACAUCUUGUGUGCUCGCUGGUCACCAGACACCCUGACUGGAGGAUAAUAAACCUGGAUAUUCUGGAUUACUGCUGCAGCCCCAGGAGUCUGGAGAGUGUGGAGGACAGAGCAAACUACACUUUCAUCAGGGGAGAUGUGUGUAACUCACAGCUGGUAAAUCACAUUUUCAACACAGAGAACAUCGAUGUGAUUUUCCACCUGGCGGCCAAAACACACGUUGAGACGUCAUUCGAAGCCCCGGCUAGUUUCCAGCGUGUGAACAUCGAAGGGACCAAAGUUUUACUGGCAGCCGCCCAUCAGGCCCCACACCAAUCACAGCGCUUCGUCUACGUCAGCACUGAUGAAGUGUACGGAGAGGGGCUGGAUCAGGUCUUUGAUGAGAGCAGUCCAGUGAGGCCCUCCAACCCGUAUUCUACCACCAAAGCAGCUGCGGAGUACCUGGUCCGCUCCUACUGGGACAAAUAUAAGUUUCCCAUCAUCAUCACCAGGAGUAACAACAUCUACGGGCCACGGCAGUACACUGAGAAGGUUAUUCCCAAGUUCCUCACCCUCCUUCAAAUGAACAAGAAAUGCACCAUCCAAGGAACCCUCCCUAAAUCCCGGCACUUCCUGUUUGUCGAUGACGCCAUCAACGCCCUCCGGCUCGUCCUGGAGAAAGGCAUUGUGGGAGAAAUCUACAAUGUGGGAACAAGCUGUGAGAUUCUCAUCAUGCAACUGGCUAAGGAGCUCGUUAAAAUGGUCAAGAACGUUCCGGACUCCGAGGUGAACGAUUGGCUCGAGUUUGUGCCUGACAGGCCGUGUGUCGACCUGCGAUAUCCAAUCAGCUGUGAGAAGCUGCAGCAGCUUGGCUGGAGGGCGGACGUUUCCUGGACUGAAGGCAUCAGACAGACUGUAAAAUGGUACCAAGAUAACGCAGACUUUUGGUCGGACCAAGAACCAAUCAGGAGCAAGCUGGAAAAAGUCACAAACAAAUAAGGGCUUCCCUGCUUCUUGACUGACAGGAUGCAGAAAGACGAGGAGCAGUAUUUCCUACAAACGUUACAUGACUGGACAAACACUGAAGACAUGAGCACACGUCAGUGUCGCUGUACACAAGAGAUUAUUUUUCUCAAAUGUUCCUAAAUGAUUGUCGGACCAAAAUGUGCCUUACAACAGGAUGCCUCUCUACAACCAAAGCAACGUGAAUGCACUUUAAUAACCGUCUUGUCUGAAUGUAUGGAGACAUUUUGCAAUGACACAUGGUUUGUUUAAGGCUGUUAAUCCACUGACCAAAUAUUUUAGUGGAGGUGGGCUCAAAACAGGGAGGACAAGUAUUACAUUAAAGGUCCCAUUUCUACUGAUCAUAA